AUGGCAAAUGGUGCAAAGGCCGAUAGCCAACGGGGGAUGGAGAAUGGGGAAUGGGGUGUGGUCUGGUUGACAAUCUUGAAGGUUUUUAACUUGUGUGUGGAUUCUGAUCAACCCCCAUGUGCCCAAGUGGAUGGGAGACGGGCCGGUUCUUUCGUUGUGAAGGCGAAUGGACGGAUGGUUCCUUCCUCAUCAAUUGUCCUUAUAACCUGCCACACCCUUCUCGCGACACCUGUUAACACUUCCCGGCGGACUUGUUCAAGUAUACUUAACCUUGUCUCCUUCAUCACCUUCUCUCGUGCCGUCCUUGCUGAUACUGCUGCCAAGAUUUUCCUGUUUCAUUCAUCGGUCUUAUACAAGCCUUGA